UUUCAGCAAGGGAUAAAUCCCAUGUAGUCUACAAGGAAGUUGCCCCACUUUGGAUUUUUUUCCCCUCCCUUGCCCGAGUUUACAUUCAGGUUGCGUUUAUUUUUAUUUAUUUAUUUUUUUGGCAACGACAAAAUGUCUUAUAUCCCUGGGCAACCACUGACUGCUGUCGUGCAAAGGAUUGAGAUUCAGAAGUUGCGACAUGGCGACAAUCUCAUCCUUGGAUUCAGCAUCGGGGGAGGAAUCGAUCAGGAUCCUGGGCAGAAUCCCUUUUCAGAGGACAAGAGUGACAAAGGCAUCUAUGUGACACGAAUCACGCCAAACGGACCAGCAGACACAGCUGGUUUGAUGAUGGGAGACAAAAUUAUGCAGGUAAACGGCUGGGACAUGACCAUGGUCACCCACGACCAGGCCCGGAAAAGGCUGACAAAGAAGAAAGAGGAUGUGGUACGCCUCUUGGUCACCAGAAAGUCAUUGGAGGACGCUGUAAAAAAUUCAAUGGGAGGGCACCACGCCCGGAAACUCUGAGGCCUUAUCGGGACCACCAAAUAGAGCAAGUCCCUUUAUGAAGUCACUGGACAAGAGAACCUGUACCUGUUUCAUUCCAUACCAACACAAACACACACACACAAAAAAACUCCAUGCGUGUCUUCAUAACAUAAAGGGGAGAGAUGCAUUUUUGUUCAGACAUUUAGCUUAUUACCAUUACUCUGUACUUGCAUGUGUGAUUUUUAUUUUUUCAUUUUUUUUAUUAAAUUGAAAUAAUACAUUAUAUUUUUGGUUUGUAAGUAUUUGUAGCUAUUUUUACACCACUCCAUUCAAUAACCACAAUCAUAAACUAUUACUGCUCUUACAGCGUCAAAAUCAAAAUCGAGAAGCAGAAUUUUUUUUUAUAUAUAUAUCUUGUUUUGGAUCUUAUUGUGCACCUAUUGUUUCUUGAGAUUUCAUCAAAAAUUGACUGGAUGUCGCAUGACUGACAGCAUAGCAACAGUGUUUGACAGUCAUUUGUGUGUGAUUGUACAUCCUAACAGUUGCCAAAGUAAAUAUGUGCAUCAUGAAUAUUAAUAUGCUUUUGUUGCCAUGGUAAUGAAGCACACUUUCAUGGUACAGACUGAACUGUAUGUUGAUUACUCUUAAAAGGGCUGAACUGUUCUGGUAAAAUCCAGAAACUCUUCUUGGGAAGUUGAGCUAUGGAAUUUUCAGACUAUUGCAAGUGGUAGUAAUCUGUUGGUAAUUUGUGGUUCAUGCCAAUUACUAUACAGUUCCCUGAGUUACCAUGAAAAUUCUCCAACUUGCUGGCGACCAGUCUAGGGUGUGUACCUUGUGCUAGGAAUGCCUUCAGCUCAAAUGGGGUUUGAACCCUGGUACUGAUGUCUAAAAUUCCACAGUAUUUACUUGUAGCGUGUGUGCAUUAUUACGUUGUAAACAAUAAUUUGGGUCCUGAUCCUGUUGUGAUCAUUUUUUUAAAUUGGGAACACAACUUUAUCCUUUCCUUUAAAUCACUUGAUGUGAAGCUAAUAAAAAAAAAGGUGUUGAUACCCACCACACCUGGUACCUAUUGAUUUGGAAUGUGAAUUCCCAUUGUCUGCUUUCAGAUUUUGUCGAAACUAGCCUCACAGCUCAAAUGUUUGGCAUUUUGAUUGUACUAAUCCAGAUGUUUUGGAUUAAAAUAAGACGAAAGGAAUGAAAUUCGGCUUGAUUUUGUUUAGUAGAAUUUUUUCUUUUUUUUUUGACACAGACAUUUGAAAUGGCUGUACAUGUGUGUAGUUAAUUUCAGUACGGCUUCUUAACAAAAGCGGAUUUUAAGGGGGGGGGGGCAGGCCCCCCCGGUGGCCAACAAGUGUCAUUGCAUGCAGACUUUCCCAUUUAUAAAAGUUGUAAAGCAAUAAAACUGCAACAAAAAUGAAUGAAAUGAACAAAAAAAUAUUUUUUAUAAUGGGUCAAAAUUAUUUUUCGACCAGAUCAGGUGACUAGCAACUGAGACAGUCAUUUGCUUUGCAUAUAAUUUUUUUUUUUAAUUUGCGGAGGGCAAUUUUAUUUUUCAAAUGAUUUUUUUCUUUGAUUGAAUUUAUUAUUUUUUUUCAAUUGAAGCAACUUUUUUUGGGGAUUAAAUGUUUUAGACACAAAUGUCCUACCCAUAAUAUGGCCUCGAUGAAAAAUUAAGUGUUCAAAUUAGGGCUGUCAAAAUUAUCGCGUUAACGGGCGGUAAUUAAUUUUUUAAAUUAAUCACGUUAAAAUAUUUGACGCAAUUAAUGCACAUGCCCUGUUCAGACAGAUUUAAAUGACAUAACAGUGAAAUGCCCACUUGAUAAUUGUGUUAUAUGGAGUUUUGCCGCCCUCUGCUGGCGCUUGGGUGCGACUGAUUUUAUAGGCUUCAGCACCCAUGAGCAUUGUGUAAGUAAUUAUUGACAUCAACAAUUGCGUGCUACUAGUUUAUUUUUUGAUUGAACAUUUUACAAAUUUUACUAAAACGAAAACAUUAAGAGGGGUUUUAAUAUAAAAUUUCUAUAACUUGUACUAACAUUUAUCUUUUAAGAACUACAAGUCUUGCUAUCCAUGGAUCGCUUUAACAGAAUGUUAAUAAUGUUAAUGCCAUCUUGUUAUAACAAACACAGUCCUUAUGUACCGUAUGUUGAAUGUAUAUAUCCAUCUUGUGUCUUAUCUUUCCAUUCCAACGAUAAUUUACAGAAAAAUAUGGCACAUUUUAUAGAUGGUUUGAAUUGCGAUUAUUUACGUUUAAUUCAUUUUUAAGCUGUAAUUAACUCGAUUAAAAAUUUUAUUCGUUUGACAGCCCUAGUUCAAAUGCAAAUUUUUCAAUCUCAAAUAUUUUUUCGCAUUCAAGAAUUUUUUCCAUGAUUGAAAUUUUUCUUUUUUAAUUGAAGUGAUUUUUCUUUUUGAAAUUAUCUAUUUUUUAAGCAACUUAUUUUUUGAUUGAAUUAUAAAGACAAAAAUGUCCUAGCCGAAAUGUGGCCAAACACAAAUCAACAUUACUUCAAUCGAAAAAGUUGCUUCAAUCAAAAAAAAAAAAAGAAAAAGAAAAAAAAAAAUCAAAGAAAAUGCA